AUUGAACAGUUCAAUGUCGGGUGUAGGUGGCCAGGAUUUGGAAAGCCUGUCAUCCAGAACCCCUGAUUUGAACAACUGGCUUAGCGCCGUGAUUACGUAUCAGGACAAUUGCAUUGACGGCUUCCCCGACGGAGAAGAGAAAACUGCAAUCCAGAAAUCCCUCAAGGUCGCCGAGGAGAUUUCCAGCAACGCUCUCGCCAUCGUCUCUCAGCUCUCCUCCGCGCUUUCUAGCUUCAAAAUCCCCGAUUUGGACCUAGGUGGGCGGCACCUCCUCGCCGAGGACGACGAGGAGUUUCCGGAAUGGAUGGAUCAUGAGGAACGCAGGAUGCUGAAGGUUGAAGCCCCCAAACAGCCCGCCAAUGCCACCGUUGCCAAGGAUGGCAGUGGAAAUUUCACAACCAUUAAUGCAGCUUUAGCCGCCAUUCCUGAGAAGUACGAAGGGCGGUAUGUAAUUUUUGUGAAGGAAGGAAUAUAUGAAGAAAAUGUAGUGGUCACUAAGAAAAUGGUGAACCUGACAAUAUAUGGAGUUGGGUCUAAGAAAACUAUCGUUACAGGGAGCAAAAAUUACGUGGAUGGAGUGUCAACAUAUCAAACUGCAACAUUUGCUGUGAUGGGAGAUGGAUUCUUGGGCCAAUCGAUCGGAUUCCGGAACACGGCGGGACCGGAGAAGCACCAAGCGGUGGCGCUCAGAGUCCAAGCUGACCGGGCAAUAUUCCUCAGCUGCCGCAUGGAGGCGUACCAAGACACCCUCUACGUCCAAGCCCACCGCCAAUUCUACCGCGGCUGCUACAUCACCGGCACGGUGGACUUCAUCUUCGGGAACGCCGCUGCCGUCUUCCAGAACUGCAUGAUCUACGCCCGGAAGCCGAUGGAGAACCAGCAGAACAUCGUGACGGCGCAGGGGAGGACCGACAAGCGGCAGACCACCGGAAUCGUUCUUCAGAACUGCAAGAUUCUCGCCGACGACACCCUCGAGCCGGAGAAGGCGAAGACCAAGAGCUAUCUGGGCCGCCCGUGGAAGGAGUACUCAAGAACGGUGGUAAUGGAGUCGGAAAUCGGCGACUUCAUCGACCCGGAAGGGUGGAUGCCGUGGAGUGGCGACUUUGCUCUGGCGACUCUGUAUUACGCUGAGUACGGAAACUCCGGCAAGGGGGCGGCGGUUACUUCCAGAGUGAAGUGGGAAGGCUAUAAAGGCGAGAUAAAGAAGGAGGAAGCCAUGGAAUAUACCAUCGGUCCAUUCUUGCAAGGGGAAACUUGGCUUAAAGCCGCCGAAUGUCCGGCUCGUUUUGGCCUCUCCGACUAAUCCGAUCAUACUAUGUUUUUUUAAUUGCAGUAAUUUGCUGUAAUUAUUUGAGUUCCAAUGUUAAUUUUCAUUUUCAUGCUGCCUAUACUAGGAAAUUAUAGAAUGCAUAUACUUAACUUAAAAAUUGUCAUGGCUAAUUUUUUCCUUGUAAUUUUUAUAAAUCUGUAAUUGUCCAUGUUUAAUCAUAUACGAAGUAUAUAGCAGAGUAGUAAAAAGGGAACGAAGAAGAGAGAAAAACAAUUAUUGUGAAAUUCUAAACCC